UACAAACCAGGGACCAAUAAAUAGGGAUAACUGAGGUCAGUGAAAGGCAUUUUCCCACCUUGACCUUGCAGCCAUGAAGUCCAGAGCCUUUCGUCUGGUGAUUUUCUGCUUGUUAACUACUCCUAAUGAUUUUCAUCCUCUCAUCCAUCCCAGUACUGGACUUCGCAAGUGCCGCGAGAACUCAUCUUUAACAGCACUGGAGGUUCUACCAGGUGGAGGAUGGGAUAACCUGCGCAACAUAGACAUGGGACGGGUGAUGAACCUGAGCUAUUCUCAGUGCCAGACCACAGAAGACGGUGUUUAUCUCAUUCCAGAUGAAGUCUUUGUCAUUCCACAGAAAGAGAGUGGAGUGGAAACUUAUUCAGAAAUCAUCAUGUCGUGGCUGGAGCAGAAAAGUUCCACCUCAAGCUCUAUAAAUGCAGACGUUUCCUACAUGUCCGAGAUGAACGGAAGAUUCUCCAAUGAAAACCAACGCAUUAAAACCCAUCAAGUCGGAAAGAAUUCUGUUACAGUUCGGGUUCAAGUACGUAAUCAUCUGUACACAGUAAAGGCGUAUCCUGAUUUCACUCUGGACUCUCGCUUUGCUCACCAGGUGGAAGAAAUUGCAGAGGCUAUAGUGAACAAUCAAACCCAUCAAGCGACCUAUCUGUCAGAAAAAGUUAUUCUUGAUUAUGGUACUCAUGUUAUCACAAGUGUUGAUGCCGGUGCCACUUUAGUGCAGGAGGACUAUUUAAAAAGGUCUUUUAUAUCUAAUAGUCAAUCAGACAUGACUUCUGUCUCUGCAGCAGCAGGCUUAAGCUUUUUUGAGAAAGUCAAAUUUGAUUUGAGUGUUAAUGACUCCUAUAUAACCUCUAAAAACAGCAAUUAUGAGGGUAACAUCACAUAUUCUAUAGUUCAGAGCCAUGGAGGGGCUUUAUUUUACCAUGGCAUUACUUUGCAGAAGUGGCAGCAGAGCACGCCUAAUAAUCUGGUUGCUAUUGACCGCUCUGGACUGCCCCUGCACUAUUUUCUCAAUCCAACAACAUUUCCAGAACUUCCUGUUCCGAUAGUAGUUGAACUUGCUUCAUAUGUCAAGCAGGCUGCAGAACUUUACUAUGAAAUAAACACUAUUCCAGGAUGUAUAGAUCCUGUUUCCGAACAUUUCAAUUUCCAAGCCAAUAAGGAUGAUGCAUCAUGUAAGGGUUUAGUCAUUGAACUUACCUUUGGUGGAAUUUACCAACAAUGUGAGGGACAUGCCAUCUGUGAUGAUCUGGUUCAGAAAAAUCCAGCCACUGGUGAUUAUUCUUGUGGUGAAUCAUACGCUGCCACUCUGUUACGCUCUGAGACCGUAGAAAAAAGUUACAGCGUCCAUCAGUGCUACAGCAACUGUUAUAGUUGUGGGUUCUUAUGGCUGUAUACAUGUUGUGAUGAAAUAUGUCAGGAUAUUUACUAUGUUGAACAUGCAAAUGUUCACACCUACUGGUGUUCAACAACACAGAAAAAAACCUCUGAGAACUCCGGAUAUCUAUUUGGAGGACUGUAUGGACCUUCUAAGCAAAACCCAUUUACCAAAUCUAAAAGCUGUCCUCUAAAUUUCUUUGCCCAGAAAUUUUUGUCUCAUGGCCUGAUGAUUUGUCUGAGCAAUGAUUAUGAAGAAGGAACACAAUUCUCUGUUCCUUUUGGUGGUUUCUUUAGCUGUCAGUCCAGCAACCCUCUUGUGAAGGGUCAGUCUCGCUGUCCUCCUCAGUUCAGUCAACAUCUAGCUGCUAUUAGUGAUGGCUGUCAGAUAUUAUACUGUGUCCAGUCAGGUUUGUUUACUGGUGGUCAGUUAAAACCUGUUCGCCUCCCACCAUUCUCAAAACCACCACUGAUUGACAUGAUUGCAACAAACACUGUGGCUGUAAUGGCAGAAGGCGAUCGGCAAUGGGUGAGAGUUGGAGGAACUAAGACAUGGAAACUGUCCAAGCCUGGGGAAAUAAAUCAAAUGGCAUCGACGUCUGGCAGUUCAUCUCAGAUGUCUGGAGGAGAGAAGGCAGGUGCAGCUGUUGGUGUAAUUGCUAUUACUGCUCUUUUGGUGGCAGGAACAGUGAUUUUAGUGAAAAGGAGAAAGAGAUUUUCUUAAUAGUGCAAGCCAAAGUAAGGAGGUAGAGGGACAGAUAGAAAACAAUACACAUGAAAACUUUACAAUUGCAAUCAACUAAAUUCUAAUCAUUUUAAAAUUCCUUGUUUUUAGUGUUAUGAUUAUUUUUAUAUGAUUAUUUUAAUUAUUUCAUAUGUAAAGCACUUUGAAUUACCAUUGUGUAUGAAAUGUGCUAUAUUAAUAAACUUGCCUUGCCUUCUAAAAAUGUCUGCUAUUAGCCUGUGGUAAUAAGGAUCCCUAUUUGAUUAUAAGCAUGAAGGCCAAUUGACAUUACAUUUAUUAACUUCAAGGUUUGGAAGAUUACAACAAUUAUUAUUAUUUCUGAAUAGCUUUAAUGUACUUCUCACCUAGUGCAAUUGUCUUAAUUAAUUGACAUGAUUUUCCUCGAUAUACAUAUAACAUAAACAUUCAUGAUUUUAGUGGGUAGUCAUGC